AUGGCAGGCAUUGGUCGAAAAGCCGUCCAGGGCAUCGCAGCCGGCAUUGGCCUGGUCUCGGAAGCCCGCCCACCCGCCACCGAGGAGCCGCCGUGCUACGAACCCCAGGAACAAGGCAUUAUCGCGCGCGAGGACCCUGAGGGACCGGCACCCGGGUUCCUCGAGGAGCAAUGGGCCCUCGAUGAGAUCCAAGAAGAACUCGCGCAGUCUACACAAGAGCCCGGUCCAGCAGACCCCCGCAAGGCAGCCGAGGGCGACGACAACGCGCCCGAGAGCGCAGAUGAGGCCUCCCUCGCCCAGCGAUUCAUAUCCACGUACCCGGCUCCUCCACCAUACUUGCCGUCCGAAGAACUUCGUCCUCUGCAGGGCCGGCUCGCGGCGCCAGUGGUGCUGCCCCAACGGAGACCGAAGAAUCGGGACCGGGGCUUCAUUCGCGCUUAUGCGCCUGCCCUGGACGCCUGCGGCAUCAACCAGGCUAUGUUCAUGGAUUUCAUAAACACCGCCGAGAAGGCAUGUCAGGCUUCGCCGUGGCUUCAUGCGAUUAACCUAGCCUCCAUCGGGACCAUUUGGUUGCCGACCGUCACGGGCCUGGCCGUGUCCAUUGCCAUUCAGAUUACUACCGACAUAGCGAUUGCCGUGGAAGGGCGCCGCAAGACCAAUACGUUCUUCGAUAAGGUCAAUCGAGAAUUCUUCCAGCCGCGAGGCCUCUACUGUCUCGUGAUGACCUGGAACCCAGAGUUACUCGACGCCCCGGCCACCACAAUUGACUUGAACUCGUUCAUCUCGAAAGCCUCUAGCCGCGGCGGCUCCGAUGCCCUGAGCCGCCUCCGCCACAAAUAUAAGUCUUCCGAUGGCAAGGCUUAUGGCAACAUCUUCCCCGAAGUGGCGCCGUUGAUCUUCCCACAGCUCGACCAGCUGGCAGCCGACCAGGAUGCCACAAAAAAGCUGUCUAAGAUGAAGAAGCGAAAGGAGUUCGUCGCCAGCUACAUGGAUAAGCGCGCCCAGGCCAAGUUUGCGAAUGAGAACCCCGACAGCCACUUGAGCUCCGGCCCGCGGCCGACUUUUACAUCGCGCUAUGCGGACCCAAACCACCCCGCUAGCAGCGGCGACCCGCUGGCGCUUGUGACUGGGGGCCAUCUGUCGGUGGAGAAACUGAGCGGGAUGAAAGCCCGCGGCUCGCGGGGCUUACUGGACCGCCAGCACGGUGGCUUCUCGAGUUCCAGCUCUAAUCCGCCGGCUCCACAUGGUCGGCCGUUUGGACUUUUCGAUGCUAUUAAUACCGUGCGAGACCUGCGGAGCUCGCAGGGUGGUGCUCGUGCGGCUCUGAGUGGGAGUCGUUCUCCCAGGAGAGAGAUUGACCGGGUGACAUCGCGACGCGAUGAUGGAGAGAGCGGCGGGGUACGAUCUCCGCUGGCGAAGCUGUUGCAGAAGAAAGUUUUAUAUCUGGCUAUUGUGAAUAUGCCGUCGCAGGAGGAAAUGAGCCGUGCCCGAGAGGCCCUGGGGGACUUGUAG